AUGAAUUUCUCGAUAGAUUAUUACUUAUCGUUCUUAUAUUAUGGUUCCUAUGCUUAUGUUGUGAAACAUUUGGUAAGAAAAUUAGUAGACAUCGAUAGUAUUCGCCGGAAUCACACAGCUUUGCCAUCCAGUUAUUUACCAAAUCAUUCACAGACGAGACAACAACGAAUAGAACCACUCCCAAACAACUUGAAUUUACAAACUUCAGUGAACAAUACAUCCGUAACAAAUACAAUAAACUCAACACAAUACCAAUUUUCAGAAGACUACAAUCUUAGUAUCAGUAGAACACCGCCUGCGUACAAAGACGUAAUACAACAAAAUUCAAUAAGAAUUACAGUUGAAAAAUGA